CGUCCGCGCCCCGGUCUCCGCGCGGCCGCCAGCCCAGCCGCAGUCUGCAGGAGCCGCCGCCGCAGCCGGCCGCGCGGCGGGAUUCCCGGGCCGUCGCAGGGAGCGCAGCUCGGCUCUCCGCGCGUGUGCUUUCGCCCGCCCCGCUCCUCGCCGCGUCGGUCCGCUGGCCGGGUCCGGCCGACCAGCUCGCCCUCUGGCUCCGAACCCAGGCUUCCCGGCCGCCGCAGGGACCCGCCCACCAGACCCUGCCGGGGCCGCCUGCCUGUUUGGACCCUGCCGUUGAUGACACCUGGCAGGAGGCUACUAUGGAAGGGGAUGGUUCCGAAACGCUGGUUACCAUUAAGAAUAUCGAAAGAGAGCUCAUUUGCCCCGCAUGCAAGGAGCUUUUUACCCAUCCGUUGAUUCUCCCUUGUCAACACAGUAUCUGUCAUAAGUGUGUAAAAGAACUCUUGCUGACACUCGACGAUUCCUUCAACGAUGUGGGAUCGGACAACUCCAAUCAGAGCAGUCCUCGACUCCGGCUCCCCUCUCCUAGCAUGGACAAAAUUGACAGAAUUAGCAGACCAGCAUCACAACGGAGAUCUUUGGGGUGGAGAGGCUGGAAGCGCAGCUCCCUGACCCCUAGGACCACCACUUUUCCUUGCCCUGGCUGUGAGCAUGACGUGGAUCUUGGAGAACGAGGAAUCAAUGGUCUGUUUCGCAAUUUCACUUUGGAGACCAUUGUUGAGAGGUACCGGCAGGCAGCCAGGGCAGCCACGGCCAUCAUGUGUGACCUCUGCAAACCCCCACCCCAGGAGUCCACAAAAAGUUGCAUGGACUGUAGCGCGAGCUAUUGCAAUGAGUGCUUCAAAAUUUACCACCCGUGGGGUACCGUGAAAGCUCAGCAUGAGUACGUGGGCCCAACCACGAAUUUCAGGCCCAAGAUUUUAAUGUGCCCAGAACAUGAAACUGAGAGAAUAAACAUGUACUGUGAGUUGUGUCGGAGACCGGUUUGUCACCUCUGUAAGCUGGGUGGCAAUCAUUCCAAUCACCGGGUAACCACUAUGAGCAGUGCCUACAAGACCUUAAAGGAAAAGCUUUCAAAGGAUAUUGAUUACCUUAUUGGCAAGGAGAGCCAGGUGAAGAGUCAAAUUUCUGAACUGAACUUGUUAAUGAAAGAAACCGAGUGUAAUGGAGAGAGAGCUAAAGAAGAAGCAAUCACACAUUUUGAAAAGCUCUAUGAGAUUCUAGAAGAGAGGAAAUCAUCUGUUUUGAAAGCAAUUGACGCUUCUAAGAAACUGCGAUUAGACAAAUUUCAGACCCAAGUGGAGGAGUAUCAGGGGCUUCUAGAGAACAACGGGCUUGUGGGAUAUGCCCAAGAAGUGCUUAAGGAGACGGACCAGUCUUGUUUUGUACAGACGGCGAAACAACUCCACCUCAGAAUACAGAAGGCUACGGAAUCUUUGAAGAGCUUUAGACCUGCAGCUCAGACUUCUUUUGAAGACUAUGUUGUUAAUACAUCUAAACAAACAGAACUUCUUGGGGAAUUGUCCUUCUUCUCUAGUGGUGUAGAUGUGCCAGAGAUCAAUGAGGAGCAGAGCAAGGUGUAUAACAAUGCUCUGAUCAACUGGCACCAUCCAGAAAAGGACAAAGCUGACAGCUAUGUCCUUGAAUAUCGGAAGGUUAACAGAGAUGAAGAGAUGCUGUCUUGGAACGAGAUAGAAGUGUGUGGCACAAGUAAAGUCAUUUCCGAUCUGGAAAGCAAUUGUAACUAUGCUUUCAGAGUAAGAGCCUACAAGGGCUCGAUCUGUAGUCCUUGCAGCAGGGAGCUGAUUCUUCACACCCCUCCAGCUCCAGUUUUUAGUUUCCUCUUUGAUGAAAAAUGUGGUUAUAAUAACGAACGCCUCUUGCUGAACUUGAAGAGAGACCGUGUUGAGAGUAGAGCUGGGUUUAAUCUUCUGCUUGCUGCGGAGCGUAUCCAAGUGGGUUAUUACACCAGUUUAGACUACAUCAUUGGAGACGUUGGAAUUACCAAGGGGAAGCACUUCUGGGCCUUCCGCGUGGAACCGUAUUCAUACCUGGUAAAAGUGGGAGUCGCUUCCAGUGAUAAACUACAAGAAUGGCUCCAUUCUCCCCGGGAUGCAGUUAGUCCAAGAUACGAGCAAGACAGCGGCCAUGACAGCGGAAGUGAAGAUGCCUGCUUUGAUUCACAGCCCUUCACGUUAGUCACCAUAGGCAUGAAGAAGUUUUUCAUACCCAAGUCAGCCACUUCCGCCAAUGAACCUGAGAAUAGAGUUCUUCCGAUGCCAACAAGUAUAGGGAUUUUCCUCGACUAUGACAAAGGCAGAGUGGCUUUCUAUGACAUGGAUCACAUGAAAUGCCUUUACGAGCGCCAGGUGGACUGUUCGCACACGAUGUACCCAGCAUUUGCAUUAAUGGGCAGUGGAGGAAUUCAGCUUGAGGAACCCAUCACAGCAAAAUAUCUAGAAUACCAAGAGGACAUGUAGUUGAAGCACGUGAUGUGACUUAGGGUGAAAAAGGGGAGCAAAACGACGGCUCUGUGUUAACCUUCGUAACUAAUUACACAUCAUCUGAGUAGUCUGUGGCCACA